AUGAGUAUGCAGCCAUUCUUUUUUCCUGCUCCUGCGUGGAGACACCGGGUUGCAUUCCUGAUGCAAAAACAGCUCGGGAUAAAUCGGAGUUCAAGCUUCUUGCACAAAUCAGGCAUGCAAAGUCCAUCUGGGUGCAUAUCUGGAGGCAAACCAGCCUGAUAGAUAUUAGCUAGUGAUCAAAGAUAGGUGGCUAGAUAGAUAUUGGGAGUGUUUAACUUUCUGUGUACUCUCCAUCUCUGCCUUGUGUCUCCACAGACACCUUUCCAUCUUGGCUCUUCUGGAGAAAAGGGUUCCCUUUCUGUUUGUCAGGUGUGGGUCUCUUGGGGAGGGAGGAUGACUCGAGAAGAGGGGUAUCAUCGGUGGUGAAUCAUAACAGGCUUUGGGUCCCAGCUGGACAGCAACAUUAAUUGCCCAAACCCUUAUGGCUGUAUGCGAUGCUCCUCUUUCUCUCCCUCUCUCCUUCUCCUUUUUCAUCCUCCCUGGGGAUUGUUUUAAUUUGAAUUUUGGUGAAUGGUAAAGAGGAGACCCUGCCCGGGCUAGAACCCAUUUGACAAAUGAGCAGCGCCGUAUAGCAUCCGUCGUGCCAGAAGGAGUCUCCCUAUGAGAAUCCCUCUCUCGCUCUGCCUUUUUCUCAGCCUCUGUACCAGAGAGCAGCUUUCAAUGUGGAGAAAACCCUUCGCACGCCGAAUGUCACCAAAGGGGAGUUUUCAGUUGCUCGGUGUAGCAGGAGCUGGAGGCGGCUUUUUCUUUCUCGCUUAUUAAAUCCAUCCCCUCCUCCUUUCACAGUCCUUCUUCUGUCCCUCUCCCCCUCUUUUGUUGACUUGUUUGUUUGCGGGUGGGGUUAAGCCAUCGGCAGAAAGAGGCCCCACCACCACCAAUACCCAAAUGCACCGCAAUGUCCCCAAGGCCUUGUCCUGACCAAAGCAUGUAGGGCUUUGAGCAUCCAGGUUUGGGGUAGAGAGCACUGAGCGGAGCCCCAGGCAAACCCGUGAGCGUGUGGGGGACCCUGGAGACAUUUCUCUCUUCUUUUGGGUCUAUGUGCUUAAAGAGAACACCUCAGAGGCGGCAGCAAGAGAGGGUUGGUGGCAGUGUGGUGUUGGUGUUGGUGGGGGGGUGGGAAACAGAGAGAGAGCAAGGGAUUGAGAGAGAGAGAAACAAAUAACCCAUCUUGCCGGGGUGAGUCAGGACCAACGUGUUCACAUGCAAGUCCCGUCAGUUGUCCUACGUCGAGUUCAGAGCAGCAACAUGCAACAACCGAUCACGGGGACAACCUGCGUGGCACUUCCGAAUGUCAGCAUGUGUCCUCAGCUGUCCUGUGCCUUGACUUUUAUGUACUUACAGCAGGGUAAUCAGGAAGCGACAGCACCUCCUGACACAAUGGCACAGCCUUAUGCCUCGGCCCAGUUCGCUCCUCCCCAGAACGGCAUCCCAGCAGAGUACACCGCGCCCCAUCCCCACCCGACCCCAGACUACACAGGCCAAACCACAGUUCCAGAGCACACGCUAAAUAUGUACCCGCCGACCCAGACGCACUCCGAACCAAACACAAGCGACACAAAUGCACAAACUGUCUCAGGCACAGCCACACAGACAGACGAUGCAGCACAGACCGAUGGCCAGCAACAGACACAAUCUUCUGAAAACACAGAAAACAAAUCACAGCCCAAGCGGCUGCAUGUCUCAAACAUACCCUUCAGAUUCCGGGAUCCAGAUCUCAGACAAAUGUUUGGGCAAUUUGGUAAAAUCUUAGAUGUUGAAAUUAUUUUUAAUGAGCGAGGCUCAAAGGGAUUUGGUUUCGUUACUUUCGAAAAUAGUGCUGAUGCGGAAAGGGCGAGGGAGAAAUUACACGGCACCGUGGUAGAGGGCCGUAAAAUCGAGGUAAAUAACGCAACUGCUCGCGUCAUGACAAAUAAGAAGACUGUCAACCCCUAUACAAACGGUUGGAAAUUAAAUCCAGUUGUGGGUGCAGUCUAUAGUCCAGAAUUCUAUGCAGGUAGGGUGCUGCUGUGCCAGGCAAACCAAGAAGGAUCUCCCGUGUACAGUGCCCCCAGUUCGCUAGUAUACACGUCCACAAUGCCUGGCUUCCCUUAUCCCGCCGCGACUGCUGCCGCUGCAUACAGAGGGGCACACCUCCGAGGCAGAGGCCGCACCGUCUACAACACAUUUCGCGCGGCUGCUCCUCCUCCUCCGAUCCCGGCUUACGGCGGUGUUGUUUACCAGGAUGGAUUUUAUGGUGCAGACAUUUAUGGCGGUUAUGCUGCCUACCGAUAUGCCCAACCUACCACAGCCACCGCAGCUGCCUACAGUGACAGUUACGGACGACUUUAUGCUGCCGACCCCUACCACCACACACUUGCUCCAGCAGCCACCUACGGCGUUGGUGCCAUGAAUGCUUUUGCACCCUUGACUGAUGCCAAGACUAGGAGCCAUGCUGAUGAUGUGGGUCUCGUUCUUUCUUCAUUGCAGGCUAGUAUAUACCGAGGGGGAUACAGCCGUUUUGCUCCAUACUAAAUGACAAAACCAUAAAACCCUUCCCAUGUGGGGACAAAAAAAGGAAGCUUUCCGAGGCCUGGGUAUUGCAAUACAUGCAGUAGUGCAUCAUUUUAGCAACUCUAAAAAAUAUAUUAAAAAAACAAACAAAAAUAAAAAAGAGGAAAAAAAUCUACAUUUUUUAUCUUAUACCUCAGAUAUUUUGUUCUGUGUAUUUUAAUAUUGUGGGUCUUUUCAUUUCUGAAGGUUACAUAGUUUGAUUGAUGGCUGUAGAAGGCAUAUUAUUAUUAUUAUUAUUAUUAUUAUUAUUAUUAUUAUUAUUAUUACUAUUAUUAUUAUUUUCAUUGUUGUGGUUGAACUAGAACGCUGCUAGAAAUGAACAAAAAAAACCUGUUUCGGGAGCCACAAUCAAGACCGCUAUAUCAUGUAAAUGAAAUAUCUAUGCUGAAUAUUAAGCUAUUGGGAUUCCUCACUUGUUUUUGUAAGAGUGUAAGUGACAUCAUUCCCCCCUCCCUUUGCAUAUAACAUUUAUUUUAGUUUUUCCAAAAAAAGAAAGAAAGAAAGGGGGAGGGAGAAAGGAAAUAAAACCGAGACGGUCGGAAUGAGGUGCAAUUCAAUGUAACCAGAAACUGGGACACCCCAUCCCCCCAAAGCACCUUGUAGUCAUAUUUCAACUGUCUUAAAUUAUUCACUGUUUAUUCAAAGCCAAAGGUUAUGUUGUUAAUUUUUCGAUGCUGGGGAGGGAAAUGGGGUGGGAACAGGCCAAGAGAGGGAUGCUUGAACAGACAACUGUACAUAAAACCUAAUCUAAAGCUGUCCAAAGGCACAGCGCUUAAUGCAUUCCACCAGGUAGCAUUUUGCUCCAAUUAUUUAGGCAAAAAGAGAAAGGGAAAAAGGCAGGUGAGCGAGAGAGUGAGAGAGCGAGAGAGAUAGAGAGAUAAAUAACCAAGGGUAAAUACCUGAUAGUUAGAUCAUAAGCAAGCAUUCUUUUUUAUAUUUCUUCCAGUAUAAUAAAUUAUUGAUAUCAUUGCAGACUUUUAUAUUAUGGGAGGAUUAAAAUAAUAAUAAUAAUGAUAAUAAUAAUAAUAAAAAUAGUAAUUAAAAGGGUGAUUAAAAAGCACUGUUUCUAUUUUUUUUCUUUUUUUCCAAUAAAAAAAGAGAGAAAGUAAUAAAAAAGUUUAAAUUCUUUGUACCAGUUAUAAUAAAUAAAAAUAAAAUAAAAGCAUAUAAAAACUUUACAUCUGUGCCGUGGGAUUGUUCAGUUCGAGGACUUUACACACCUUAACGCCGUGUUAGAUUUAAAAUAAAAAAACCAGUUAGACCAACUGUUAGAGCAAAAGAAAAAUACAAAAAAAUCAUUUUUACCAAAUUCCAUGCUACUCAUAUACCAAAAUUUAUAUACGCAUUUUACAAGUACUGCAAACAUGGAGUUAGAGAUAAUCAUGGUAUUUUCAUCAGCUUAGUAAUUUUUGAAACAUGAUCGUGUCGUGUAAGCAAACUGCAAUUUCUCGAGUUGUUACAAAACCUGCUGCCCCGUCUCCAGCUCCGAAGGCCAUCUUGUUUUGUAACUUAAUGUUUCCAAGAAACAAAUAACCCAAGAAUCCAAGGACAGACAUGGGACUCCCGUCCGCACUGUAGAAUCAUAGUACUCUGAUUCCACUUUCAAUUGACACGUUUCCAUCCAAUGGGAUCCUGGGAUUAGCAUUUGAAGGAGGUGCGUUGAAACUUUUCAGCCAAUGAGUUUUGGUGCUUCCGCAAAAUUACGAACCUCUUGUCUUGAUCCCUUGACAUCUAAUGUGUAAUCAGCCCAUUAUAAUUAUAUAGUGUGAACGGGCCCCAGGUUCUUGGCCAUCAAACUCUGCUUUCCCCCUCCAAGGCACCGAAGAACCGAUGCCAAAGCUGCAGUGCCUGGCACAGCUGGAAAAUUGCAGUUUGUCCGUGCAUAAUGUUGUCCUGUUUACAAGUUAACCUUAAGUUUUGGGGUGUUUGUCAGGGGUCUUCUUGUUUUUGUAUUUAAAAAUAAAUCAAAGCCGAAAAAAAUAGUUAUAUUCUCAUGUGUACCGUGCGUGCCAUAAAGGGAGGGGGGAUAGAAAAAAGGUUUUUAAAAAGGCAAGCACUUUAGUUAAAAAAGAAAAAAAAAUGAUCAAUUCACUGCUGUGAACCUGCCAACUUGCUAUAAACAAUUCUGCUUUUCAAAAAGUGUUUGUGGACGGCCUAUGUCAUCGUAAUGUGCAUGCAAAAUAUGACCCGUUGAACGAUAACUAUCAAUAAAGUUUCACAAGAUUUGAAAACAAGGUUUCUGGAGCAUUUCUAUCCAAAGAUGGGGGAAUUAAAAUAACAAUGACAAUAAUAAUAAUAAUAAUAAUAAUAAUAAUAAUAAUAAUAAUAAUAAUAAUAACAUCAUUCUCCAAUCCAACUCAGAGGGAAUGGAGGAAAGAAAGUGUAAGAGAGAGAAAGAGACAGGGAAUGAGAAAGACAGAGAAGGAGCGACAGAAAGAGAGGAAAAUAUAUAAAGCCAUGCAAAAUAUAGGCUACUAAAAAGUAUCAGAGUCAGGGACUGAAUAAUUUAUUCAUAUAUUUAGUCAUAUUUAACUCAUCCUUUCUUGCUAGCUUUAGAUUAAGGCCAUAGUCCCAGAAAAAAAUUGCCAUGUACAAAUGCAACUUUUCCCACAUUGAGCCCAAAUGUUACGUCAAAAGGUGCUUUUUAGAAACCAGGGUCCCUCAACCAACUCAAAGAAGGCACGGAAAAGGGAAGGAACAGGAAGGCUUCUGGAUCCCAAUCCAGAAGUGUGAUGAGAUCAAUUUCGGUGAGGAGCACACAAUUCCGGCCCAACCAAGCUUCCUCAUGUUCAACAUGGAGGAAUAGCCACAUAGGCAUAAAGUAGUUCUCCAAAUCAAGAUACCACUCUUGAUGAGUGACACCAUAUUGACAAGGGCAGCACCCCAGAAGAGAUUUUCUGACUAGAAGGACCUUCUCAUCAUUCAUAUCUAGAGCUAGAUCUGAUGAAUGAUGAGAAAGUCCUUCAUAUCUAGAUCUAGAUACAGAUAGGAUCAUCAUAGUUCUAGACAUGGGUGAUGAGAUGGUCUUCUGGCCAGAAAAUCUCUCCUAAGACCUGUGUCUAGAUCUAGGUGAUUCUAUUGAGAGGCAAUUUCAGAAUGACCCCUCCAAAAUAAAUUCAGACCACCAACCACUAUGGAUGGUGAUGAUCCUUUCCUUUUUUGGAACCCUGAUUGUCCAAAAAAAAAAAAACCCUCCAAUGGUAGGAAAUGACAUAGUUCUAAGGACAUAAAGUUGGCCAAUUUCAGGAUGACAGUAUCUCCACAUCCAAUUUUAGCCUGAACUUUAAAGGUACCACUCAGGUUGCGGAAUCACAUCUUUAAAACAGGUUCAGUAUCUUGGAGAAUUUCCUUUAAAGUCUGGACUAAAUCCUGGAACAAAUCCAUUGACAUCACAGUCACUAGCCUUAGUUGGGCUUUGUCUGCAACUGUCCCAUAGUCCCAUUACUACUAUAGAAAGCCAGCUUUCAGGGAUGGUCUUCAUUCACUUCUAUUGAGUUCAGUGGAGCAUGAGCUUGUGCUGUUUUAUAGGCCUAGCAAAGCAAGUAUUUCAUUGUAGACGUUUAGGAUUAAAAUGGCCAUUGUUCAUGUGAUUAGAUCUUAAACAAUGUCCAAAAGAAUCAGAAAAAUGUUAAUCUGAUAUUGAGUUUUGGGGGUUCUAAAACAAGGGUGCAUACAGACGUACCACGACACUGGAAUAGAAGUGGAUGGAUAUGGCUAUUACAUUUUGUGGAUAUUGUUGACUUCUGAUUUAAAAAUAAUAAUCUCACCAAUCAACAGGGAUAGGUUGAUCUAUCAAUUCUUAUUUCUCCCAAAUUGGAUUGCUAUGGAGCUUGAUAAAUAUGAUUGAAAACAAAACUUUCUUUCCUGGGGAGAGGGCAUACCUUGGCUUCGACCAACUUGAUUGCUAUGCAUUCACUACUAGCUAUUUUAAUGCUGAUUCAAAUAGAAAAGUUAUUUGCCUUUCCAAAAAAAAAAAAAAACCCAAUAUGCCCACUUUUAUUCAUUACAGUUUAAACAGGCAUCUAUUGUUUCAAAGGGGAAAUAUUUAUUAAUAUUUAUCGUUAAAGACUUCCAAACUCAUUCAAAAUAAUGUGGGUUGGUGACAUCGCGUACAUCAGCCAAUCAGAGCUGUGCACAGGCAAUGUAUUAUUCCAAUUCUAAACAAUAGAGUGCAUCUAUGUGGCUUGGCUGCUCCAAUAAACACGUCUGUAUGCACUCAGAAAUACUUUAAGAAUUAUAAUGAUAGUACUUAACUGUUAAAGAUAUUUAUUUUCUUACAAACUAUCAGUUUGCACACAAAGAUCUCCUCAUGUGUAAUUCUAAGUUGAAUUCCAUGGCUGUGUCCCUCAAUGCAGCCCCCAAUGUGUAUCUGAUGUUUAAUUCUUGGAGAUAAUUGCUGAUGGUUGAGGUUUGCCAAAUGCUGUUGGAAACUAUUUUUGUGAAAACUCCUUCAACACUCCAGUCAUUCAUUUUAUUCCAAUGUAUGUCUGAUAUAGGGAAUGUGUUUUUUCUUUCUUCUCCAGUUAUAUAAAUUGCUACUGAUAAUAUGAAUUCUGAUUUUAAAAAAUAAACAAUUAAGUACCAUAUGUAGAAUAUCGUGACUUCAAAACAGUUACAAAUCUUAAAACCCAACAAGUGUGUAUAUCUGUCUUUAGAAAUUAGUGUUUAUAUCACUACAGUGGUUUGUGAAUAAAGAAAAAAAAUGGUUUGUAAUAUUAAAAUAAAAGCUUCGUCUGAAACGGUGUAAAUAAA